GGGGGAGUACAGGUAAAUCGUCACGGCCACGCCCCCAGCACUCUGACCACGCCCCUAACGUAUUGGCUGCCGCUUGUCGGGACAAUUGCCCACGGGACAGCUUGCAGAGAUGGACGCGGGGUCGGCGACAGCGGCGGCGGGUGGACGGUCAUGGCGGAUAACCAGCUGGCUUCCUUCCUGGUGCCCCACGUCACCAUCCCAGCUGAGAGAUGCAGAAGAGAAGAUGCUACAGUCGAUACAGAACAACUUCUCCAAGCAGCACGUGCCGAUAUCAAAAGGCAACCUGAUCUGGACGCUGCUUUUCGAUGAGAAUGAUUCCUGUCGGACCCCUCUGGUGCUUCUGCAUGGCUUCGGGGGUGGAGUUGGGCUUUGGGCCCAAAACCUGGAGGUGCUAUCCAAGCACCGGCCUGUCUACGCCCUGGACCUGCUCGGUUUUGGCCAGAGCAGCCGUCCGGAGUUCAGCGCUGAUGCCGCUGAAGCAGAGUCCCAGUUUGUAGAGUCCAUAGAGGAAUGGAGAGCCGAGGUCGGCCUGGAGACCAUGAUCAUGCUGGGGCACAACCUGGGUGGAUAUCUGGCCUCUGUCUAUGCGCUCAAGUACCCUUCCAGGGUGAAGCACCUCAUCCUGGUGGAGCCAUGGGGCUUCCCCAGGCGGCCAGAGGCCAAGGAGAUGGACCGGCCCAUCCCAGUGUGGAUCAAGGCGGUGGGGGCUGCCAUGAGCCCCUUCAACCCUCUGGCUGGCCUGCGACUGGCAGGUCCGCUGGGCCCCUUGCUGGUCCAGGUCAUCAGACCGGACUUCAAACAGAAGUAUUUAUCCAUACUCGGCGACAACACGGUCUCUCACUACAUCUAUCACCUCAACGUACAGAGUCCCAGUGGUGAGACGGCCUUCACGAACAUGACCAUCCCCUACGGCUGGGCUAAGAGGCCCAUGCUGGAGAGAGUGGGCUCCAUCCAGCGGGACGUCCCCAUCACGGUCAUCUACGGCUCCCGCUCCAGCAUCGACAACGACUCGGGCAGCGCCAUCAAGGAGGCCCGGCCCGACUCGCGCGUGGAGAUCGUGGUGAUUCGAGGCGCAGGCCAUUACGUGUUUGCGGACCAGCCAGAGGAUUUCAACCAGCAAGUGAAUCUCAUUUGCAGUACCUUGGAUGGACAGUAGGGCGCAUGCCUGAAGUGGGUGGGGCAGAGGGUGUGGGUGGAGCUUGCCAGUGCACGUUGCCAUUGGAAGAUGGCUCAGGGAUGCAGCUGAACAGUACAUUUAAAAAAAAAAACAAUUUCCAUUUAGUAAGUUUCACAUUAUCACCCAUCUGCUUUGUUCUUUUUGGCUGCGUGAGCCCUUACUGAGGUUCUGCAACGUCAAACUGCACUGGUAUCAGGUUCUGACAUCCACUGAAGUUUGUCUGCUUGGACUAACCCACAUUCCUGGUGCUGCCCAGUCCAUUUUUUCCCUGCUGGAGUGUUGGGGAGCCCAGUGGUUCAGUGACACAUCCCUGGACAUCUAUUACUAUAUUUCUUCACUGAAGAGCUUUCUUAUAAGACCUGUAAGAGGUUGAUCUGUGUAUAAAUCUUCCUGAGGACCCCAGGGCUUUUCUGUAUGUAAUGUCUGCUAAUGCAAACAUGGGGAAGAGAUUAAAACUGACAUUUUCAUGAAACCUAUAUGGCAUCUUCG